UACACUUUUGAUGGUGGUGCAAUUUACAAGAAAAUACACUUUAUUUAGUCAUAAUAAUCAACUCGAAGCUUUUAUUUUAUUUUUUUUCUGCAACGUUAGUUUCCUCUGACCACGCUUCUCUCUUAACGGCGUCUCCGGUAAAACAUGAUUCAGUAAUCACCGACAUCAAGCGAACCAAACAGAGAGAGAGAGUGUACAUUUACCAGAACCCUCUUGAUUCACUUUCCUCCACACAUACACACACAAAAAAAAGAUCAUUUCUUUUCGAUCUGUGAUCUCAGAGAUUCCCAGGCAUUUACUCCUUAAUGAGUAACGAGUCUGAAAGGAUCACACUGAACAUCGAGAUACUUGGACAUAUAGUGUGAACGAGAAGCAUGACGCUCCAUAGAAUUAGGAGAACCGAAUGCUGUUAUGUAACGGAAUGAAAAUCUUACAGCUUAGUAAUUGGAAUUUGUAUAGGAUGAAAAGAGGAGCACUUAGAAGGAGGGCUAAAGAUAUCUCUCUUGUGUUUAUUGUGCUUGUUUGUGCAACACUUGUCUUGUGGUCAUGGGAUACAACUCCAUCCUCUGCCUUUCUUCCACCCGAUAGUCACUUUCUUAAGCUGGAACCAGAAGAAAAGGUUGAGAGAAUACCUACUACACGGAAUACUGAAACCAAAGAUAGCUACUCAUCAGCUACUCCGUUUGUAAACAAAGAGCAAAGUAAAGAGGAUCCAACUGAUAAUAAGGAUACCGAAGAAGAAGAAGAAGAGAAACAAGUGGAAAAAGUUACUGACAGUGAGACGAAUCAAGGGAAGACAUCAACUAUUGAAGAAGAACAUGUGCAACGUGAAGUCACUGUAAGUGAGCCAAAAUAUCAGAAGACACCAACUAGUAAAGAAAGUAAACUAGAGCAGGUGAAACAAGAGGUUGCUGCUGGUGAGGCCGCAGCAAAGACAACACAUAUUAAAAAGACUAACUCAGAUCCAGAGAAGAAAACUCUUGCAACAGACGAAGAGAGGACUGAACAGAACCUAGUCAAGAAAGAUGAUGAUAGUAGUUCAACAGCUCGUAUCUCCAAUCAAGCUUGCAAUUACGCAAAGGGGAAAUGGGUUGUGGACAAUCACCGUCCUUUGUACUCGGGAUCUCGUUGCAAACAAUGGCUUGCUUCAAUGUGGGCUUGCAGGUUGAUGCAACGCACAGACUUUGCCUUUGAAAGAUUAAGAUGGCAACCUAAAGAUUGCUCUAUGGAAGAAUUUGAAGGUUCCAAGUUCUUGAGAAGGAUGCAGAACAAGACCCUAGCCUUUGUUGGAGACUCAUUAGGAAGACAGCAGUUCCAAUCCAUGAUGUGUAUGAUCACUGGAGGCAAAGAGAGGCUCGACGUCCUCGACGUGGGACCAGAGUUUGGGUUCAUAACUCCCCAAGGUGGAGGUCGUCCUAAUGGCUGGGCUUACAGAUUCCCAGAAACCAACACAACCGUCCUCUACCACUGGUCAUCAACCCUCUGCGACAUAGAACCUCUCAACAUCUCAGACCCCUUAACCGAACACGCCAUGCAUCUCGACCGCCCGCCAGCUUUCUUACGCCAAUACCUUCACAAGAUCAACGUGCUGGUGAUGAACACAGGCCACCACUGGAACCGUGGGAAGCUCAACGGCAACAGAUGGGUGAUGCAUCUAAACGGCGUCCCCAACGCUAACAAGAAGCUAGCCGCUCUUGGGAACGCCAAGAACUUCACGAUCCACAGCACGGUUAGUUGGGUUAGCUCUCAGCUUCCUCACCAUCCUGGUCUCAAGGCGUUCUACAGAAGCCUUUCCCCGAGGCAUUUUGUUGGAGGGGAGUGGAACACUGGAGGGAGCUGCAAUAACACAACGCCAAUGUCUAUAGGGAAAGAGGUUUUGCAAGAGGAGUCUAGCGAUUACAGCGCGGGUCAUGCGGUGAAAGGCACUGGGGUUAAGCUUUUGGACAUAACGGCCUUGUCUCAUAUUAGAGAUGAAGGUCAUAUAUCAAGGUUUAGUAUCUCAGCUUCAAAGGGAGUUCAGGAUUGUCUCCAUUGGUGCUUGCCUGGUGUUCCUGAUACGUGGAAUGAAAUUCUUUUUGCUAUGAUAUAAAGAUUGCCUCCUCUUCCUCCAUUGAGCCAUAGACAGCUUUUUGAUAGCUUUUCUACAGACACACAUUGUGUUACAAGUGUGUGUGAGCUAUAGUAUUUAUUCUGGUACAGAAGCAAAGCUCAUUGUAGUAAGCGUUAUAGCUAUAACGAUACCGUCCGUGGCUUGGUUCCGACCAUAUAUUUACAGAACAGAAUCUAACUCAACUUUGUCUUUUGAGUCGAUUAAUUGAAAUUUUAUGUUCCUAAGA